AUGAAUUACGCAAGCUACGGCGCUGCUGCUCCAUCAUACGCUCAAGCCCCAUCGUAUGCCGCCCCGGUUCCAUCGUACGUUGCACCAGCUCCAUCUUAUGCAGCACCUCCACCACCUCCACCACCACCACCCCCACCACCACCACCUCCACCACCACCGCCACCACCACCAGCACCUGCUCCAGCUCCAGUGCCAGCGCCUUCAUAUGGAGCUGAUCAAGGUACCGGUGCCGGAGGUCCAUACGCUUCCCCUGCCAUUGUUGUACCGGCUGUUGUAGUCCAGCAAGGAGGAAGAGGAGGUGGCGGAUAUGGUGCUGAAGCUGGCGUCGCAGGAGGAGCAGGUGGUUAUCAAGCUCCCGUAGUAGGCGGACCAGUAGCAGGCGUUGGUGGAGGAGUAUAUGCACAAGGUGGAGGCCCUGGAGUUGGAGGACCCAGUUAUGGUCAAGGUCCAGCACCUGAAGUUGGCGCCGGUCCGGGUUACGUGAAUGGCGGAGGAGCCGUAGGUUAUCAAGGUCCUGCUGUUGGUGUAGGAGUAGGACAAGAGAUUGCACCAGUACCACCAGCACCCACUUAUCAACAGGGACUUGUUGAAGCUGAUCAGGUGGAUGUAAAACCACAGCAAGAAUUCCAACAAACCAUUGUUACAGAACAACAGCCUCAGCCGCAAGUUACCGAGACACACGCCGAAGCUACUCCCGUUGAUACCUCCAUUUCUGGCCAUGAAGAAGUUGAAACUCAACCAGUUCCCGUAACCCCAGCACCAGCUCCUGCUGUUGUUGAGACCGUUCAACCAGCAGCCACUGAGGCGCCAAAAGAAGAAUCAAGCUAUGAUGAUAUCGUAGAAGAGCAGCAAACUAUCGAUAACGGUCAGGCAACAUCUGGAACUGCCUCAGCAACAAAUGACGUCGAUUAUUCCAAUGAUGGAGCUGAUGAAGGAAACUGUGAUGAUCCAGAGUUGAAAGCCAUUGUUGAAGGAGCACUUGCUUCAGAGAGAGAUAACCUCGAGGCAGCACGAAAGAUCGAAAGCGAUGCUGCCGCAAAGUUCGGUGGACGGUUCAAUGCUAUCGUCUCAGACGCUGAAUUCGCUUACGUGAAUUGGUACGGUAAGCGGAACUGUCAACUGCGUGUCGGAAAUCGUCAUUCGCUCACCUGGGAGGACUAAGA